AUGCUCCUGUAUGCUCCUCCUAAAAGGGACGCCUUGCGGUCUUGGGCAAUGGCCAAGCUCGCCUUGUUUUUGAUUAUGCGGUCCUCGGUCACAGAGGCUGAAGGGUCGAGGACUCGAGGGUGUGCUAAUAACGAAGCUCUGAAGGUGAACCAGGAGAAUCCAAUGCGCGAUUCGAGAAGACAUGUUCCGACGUUACCAAUCUGGCCUCCCUGA